AUGUCGGAUCCAAAGAUUUACACUAUCGCUUGGAUUUGCGCCGUCUCCACUGAUUAUGUUGCCGCUCGAGCUUUCCUAGAUGAAGAGCAUGAAGGCCCUGCAGACAACAAGGUCGACUACACUUUAGGCAAAGUAGGGAAACAUAAUGUCGUGAUAUUUGCCCUACCCUUGGAGAUUAUGGAAAAAUACAGGACGUCAGCGGCACAGUUCGCAGUUGACAUGCUGCUUAACUUUCCGAAUAUUCGAAUUUGUCUGAUGGUCAGCAUCGGUGGUGGAGCGCCUAGCGCAGAUAAUGAUAUACGCCUUGGCGAUAUUGUGGUCGGCAUUCCUUCGAACGGUCAAAGUGGCGUUAUUCAGUACGACUAUGGCAAAACUAUCCAAGGCCAAAGCUUCCAGCCCACGGGCUUCACUCAUCAGCCACCUACAAUUCUCCGUGCUGCGGUUCAUGGACUUCAGGCCCGGUAUGAACUUCAUGGCAAUCAACUUGAUGAGGCAGUCAACGAGGUUCUUAAGAAAAGGCCAAGGCUGCGAGAAAAAUAUAAGCGACCGGAGAGUGACCGGCUAUACCAAAGUCAAGUCGUCCAUCUGGAGGGGGAUGCAUCAAAUUGCGCUAUAGACUGCGGGAACGAUUCGAAAAGCUUAGUCUUACGCACUCCACGAUCUCAGGACGAUGAAAAUCCGACAAUACACUAUGGGUUGAUCGCAUCGAGCAAUGUGAUACUAAAGGAUGCUAUAAUCCGGGAUGAAGUUGCAGCGGAAAUGGGUGUUUUGUGCUUUCAAAUGGGAGCAGCAGGGAUGAUGAAUGGUAUGCCAUGCCUUACAAUCUGCGGCAUAUACAACUACUCGGAUUCCCAUAAGAAUAGGGAAUGGCAAGGAUACGCAUCAAUGGUCGCAGCAGCGUAUGCCAAGGAUCUUCUAUGCCAGAUAUCCCCGCAAUCGGUGGAGAGUCAAGAAAAGGAUUCAGGACUUCUCAAGCCAGACAUCAACCGCUUGACUAAACUUCUACAAGAUCUCGACGAAUCAAAGACUGAAAGUAUCCGAAGCAUGGACGAUGGACCCUCCAGAGAGCCUGAAUUGGGCGAUCCUUCAGCAGCCAAUCAUUCUCAGCAGAAUCCCGAAGUAGCUGAUCCGAAAGUAGAAGAGCCAGCCGAAGAUUAUCCGCCGUCAGCGGCAGCAAAAACAGCUACAGAAACCUCUGCACGGUCUCAGGGUGUUUGGUCAUCGAGAGAUGCACGGGAAACGGUCAACGUUUCUACGAUGGUCACUUCAGUGGAGCCGGGAGCUCUAAAAAUGGAUCAGGACCUGGCGGAUAAUGAAUCAAUCUAUACCUCCGAUGCUCCCCGAUCACUAGCCUAUGUGCGAGAACUAGCCAGGAGCUUCUUCAAGGACUCAGAACUUCCAGACGUCCAAUCGUUAGAGAGGAUACACAAAAGCCUUCCUGACUUGCUUCGGGGGUUCGCCCAAAGAAUUGGCGGAGAAAGUCAUGUCUCAACCCAUUUUGAAGUUAUGAAAUUUGUAAUUAAAAGACGAGUGGACAUUGCUUCGUCCUUCGGCAAGACAUAUCUGGACGACAAGGACACCCUACAACGACGAAAGUCGAACGACAUGCCUCUAGACGAGCUUUUCAGCAGGUGGCCGGUGGAUCAAGAAAUGGGCGACCCCAACAUCGCAACACCGCGGCCAGAUGAUGUAUUAUCCACAGAGGACGACAGCAAAUCAGACGCUGAGGGCGAUGACGAUGUGGACGAUCUUCAAUUAGAGAUGUAUCGAAAUGUUGUGGCCAACUCCACUGCUUUUCAAUGGCUUCUCUAUCGAUUGAACCGAGAAAUAAGCCUCACAACAUCGGAGGCCAGUUCGAUGAAAGCGAUUUCGACACAAAUCCGCCAGAUGCUCUAUACACCGCUGACUUUGUUUGACAAGUCCAAGGCCACAGCUUGGGUGGAAACUUCAGGAUGUCUUUCUUUGGAGGCAGCAGGCGUAGUAGAAACCCUUGUUGAGGUUGGAGAAGUGUUCGCAUUUAUAGUGGCAGCACUUCGUUCUGCGCGAGGCGACUCAGUCGCCUACGUUACCCCUACCAUCGACAGCGGCCUCAGAAACAGCGACCAAACUUGCAAAUUUUUCAUUCAUCUGCAACACUCGGAUGGCUAUUUGCGAUCCAUUGGUCAAUGCUGGCAAGACCUAUUCAGAAACCCUGUCGUCGUUCUUGGUUUUCCCGUACGACGUCGUCAGCCGGAUCAAGGACCCGGUCUCGAGGUUUCGCUCGCCACACUGGCUGCGCUGGUUGGGACCAAACAUAUUGCUGUAUUCUGUGGGAAGAUCUUUCUCCAUGGUUUCUGCACCAUCUUAGUCCCAACGAAGUAUGCUGGAGACACAGUACACUGGCACGUACUAUUUAACGAAGAUGGAAGCCGAAUCCCUUUCACGGACUUCCGUGUUCGCAGAAUUGUCACGGACUUUGACCUCUCAAAGCACCUGACGCUCUCUGGUGUCGAAAAUGCGCGCCAUAUUGUCGGCUGGUGUGAACAUGUGCGAAAUUAUGCAGGUCUGCCUCAGCCUGACUCUCGGUUCGCUUUUGAUCGUGUCUCCGUAUCAGUAGGAAAAAUAGUCAGCAUGAGUGGCUCGGUGGCAAUCGGCAAGAAGGAGAAGCCAGCACGAGCAGCAAAAACGACCGACUACCAUAAACAAAUCGAGUGGGCUGAGGAGCGAUUCGUUGUGCUCUAUGACUGCAAAGACCGUCGAGCCUGGCUCAUCGACGGACUGAGUGCCUUGCUGCAUCUCGUCCGCGCCCGUCUAGCUCACCGCAGAAAAGUUGGCCGGGAAGUUCUCUUCGCUGAAAGUGACAUCAAAGAACCCGAUAUCCCAUAUACGGGAAAGGCCGCUGCGACUUAUGUCCUCCGGAAUCGAGCUAACAUGGACCUUAAGAUCUGUGAGAAGUGGAAUAGACGUGUGGAAGAGACGAGUAAAACCGGAGGAGAGCCGCCAGAGACGACCCUGAAGACGCAGAGGACAUGGGAACAACUCCCUGACCUGGUGGGAGAUAUUUACACGAUCUUGGGCAUGCUAUGCGACAUCCAGUCCGACACAUUGACGAUGGACGGCUUCGGAGCCAAAGUCCAUAUAUCGCCUAGAAGACGCCUCGAAGGAUGGGAUUUCCGGCAGGUGGCAACUGGCGCUGACCCACUGCUGCCCAAGGCGGCUUCACUUCGUGACAUCGGGUUAGGAUGGGUUGACCUCAUUAGGACUAUCAAUGCUAUUACUCUCUUCGGCAUCGGUUUUGGCGAAAUUAUUCAGCCGGUAGACACUGCUCAAGCCCUUGUCCCUGGCAGGCCUUGCGGCCGAUGGGCCACGUUACCGAAAGGCGAAGAUCUCUUAGCCACGACCACCCCUGUCAUUCGGGACAUAAUGGAGAGCGUUUACAGAGGAUCCGACAACCAACAGCGCUUCCGAGAGUUGUCCACUGGUAUAUACUGGCACAGCCCGGACAGAGUUUUUGAGGACUGCCACUGCGGAGAUGCUCCAGAUGGGAUACAGUGUGACCGUGUACAGGUUCUCCUGCCGACGAAGUUCCCCAAUAUUUUUGCCCGUGGCUUCCACAGCCCCCCUGAGCCCCUCCCAACCCAUGGGGCUGUGGUCUUCGGGCAUAGCAUAAGGUUUCCGCUAAUAUGGAAGUCGGAGGCUUUUUCGGCCCCCAUUGAGGGGGACCUGCAACCGACCAAAAUGACGUCUCAUUCAUCUCGCCAGAGCGACAGCGGCCUGGGGACGAGUGUUGCAUCGUCGCCAGUUCACGGUGAGUCCACCAGUCAAGUAUCAAUUCUGGGGCCAGCCAGUAGUGGAUCGACUCAUGGAGGAGCAGCUUCAGUCACUGGAUCGGAAGGCACCACCACUUCGGGCAAGGGCAAGAGUGCGCAGAAUAUUAUUAAGCGUCUCUUCAAAAAGACUAGGCCCGGCAGGAAGUCAGUGGAAACUUCAAGGGAUCCAGGUAGAUCUUGA